GCAUUCUUCGGGUGUCACAGACAUUUCAAGCUCUCGACCGGCUAUAAAAUCUCAUAUUCCUCCUGCCUGCAAGUGCAAGAUCCACAGAGUCAAAAGUCUAUGUGCAGAUAACCCACAUUGGGGAUACCUUAGCGUGCAUGUCUACGGAGCUCAAAGCUAUGGAAGGGAGCAUCUGCCAUGAGUUCGAGACCGGGCUCCCAGCUGCCGCCGUGUGGGAGGUCUAUGGAAGCCUCCUCUUCGGGAAACUGAUGCCCCAGCUGCUCCCUGAAGUGGUCUCGAAGGUUGAGCUUGUGGAGGGAGACGGUGGCGCUGGAACGGUCCUGCUUGUUACCUUCCCUCCAGGAACUCCUGGAUCAGAAACUUUCAGAGAGAAGUUCAUCAAGGUCGAUGACGAAAACUACAUCAAGGAGACGGUGGUCACUGAAGGAGGCCUUCUGGAUCACGGCUUUCGGAAGUACAUGGUUCGAAUCGAGAUCGUGGGAAGAGAAGAGAAGACAUCCAUCGUAAGGUCAACAAUUCAAUACGAAGUCGAUCAUGAGCAUGCAGGUUCACACGCACCCCCUGUGUUCAGUACCGAUGGGUUAGCUACCAUUGCCGAGGCCAUCACCAAGUAUAUCAAGGAGAAGAGAGGCUCUGAGUCCGUAAUCUCUCCCAAGUAAUUGAACUCUGGGAAUUGAAGAAGAAAGGGCCAUAGCGUGAAGAUAUUUAUUUCUCUUCCGUACUUGUUCAAAUCGUGCAGAUAAUCGUCGGAUGCGUGGAGUGAGUUUAUAGAUGGUUGUUUAUUACUCCCUCCGUUCUAAUUUAUAAGUCGUUGUGUAAUCUUUAGCAGAGAUUAGGAUAAAGUGUGGACUAAACUUUAUCAAAUGUGGGGUUUGGAGAAAAAACCGAUGAGUCAAAAUCUUUGACAUCACGUACAUGUGGGUCACCCAAGUGAUCCAUGAUUAGAUCUACCUCUGGUUUGUCAUUUUUGUUGCUUUGUCAUUGAAAUAUACUCAUGAGAUGUUCUAUAAAAGCCUGUUUGUUUCCCUUAA